AUGUCAUAUGAUUAUCUAAUCAAAGGGAUGUUAAUCGGAGACUCUCAAGUUGGAAAGUCAAAUUUACUUCUGAGAUAUGCUGAGAAUAAUUUCAGAGAAGAGUACAAUGCGACAAUAGGCGUUGAAUUUGGAACGAAAAUUAAAAAUAUCAAUGAACUAGCGAUAAAAUUUCAAUUGUGGGAUACAUCUGGCCAAGAAUCAUUCAGAUCGAUUACUAGAUCCUACUAUAGAGCUGUUGCAGCAGCAUUCAUAGUUUACGACGUCACAAGUAGAGGGAGCUUUGAACAUCUGACCAAUUGGGUUUCUGAAGCAAUGGCAAAUGCUCCUAGAACUGUCGUAGCAGCCUUGGUUGGAAAUAAAAUUGAUAGAGAAGAGGAAAGAAAAGUUUUAUUUGAAGAAGGCCAAAAAUUUGCAAAUGAUCACCAAAUGAUUUAUUUGGAAACUUCAGCUAAAACUGGAUGGAAUGUUGACAAUGUGUUUAAUUUUGUUGCUGCAGAAAUUUUGGCCAGGAUCAGAAAUGGGCAGAUCGAUGUAGAGGAUGCAAGCAAUGGGAUUAAAAUCUCAAGGCAAAAAUAA